GCUUUUUUCCUUUUCUUUCCCGUUGCCUCUUUAAGUUUAAACCACAAUUCCAACCCCCCUCCUCCCUCUUCUCUAAUCUCAAUUACUCCAUUAAACUCUCUUUUCCUCUCUCUGUUUCUCAGAAAAGCACACAUAAAUGUAAAGCGGCGUAGGCUGACACAGCUUUUACUUGGCCCCUACAACUGCAAACUGCAGAACAAGGCGCGCAGCCACGUAGUUGCUUGGUUUUACGUCAGUUUCUACACACACCCACCAAACCAGAAAGAUGCUUGAGACCGUAAAGUACCUCAUCGGAGCAACCGGCCCGAGCGGCUACGGCUCGAAAUCUACCGCCGAGAAAGUCACGGAAAGCUGCCCCGAUCUGCGCUCCAUCACCGCCAUCAUCACAGGCGGUUCGUCGGGGAUCGGGGCGGAGACAGCUCGGGUGUUGGCUAUGCGAGGGGCGCGGCUGGUCCUCCCGGCGCGGAACAUCAAGGCGGCUGAGGACACCAAGGCACGUAUCGUGGCAGAGUUUCCCGAGUCCGAGAUCCUCGUCAUGCCGCUCGAUCUUAGCUCUCUUUCUUCUGUCCGAAAUUUCGUUUCCGAGUUCGAGUCCAUCGGAUUGCCUGUCAAUCUCCUCAUAAACAACGCCGGAAAGUUUGCUCAUGAGCAUGCAAUUUCCGAGGACGGAAUCGAAAUAUCCUUUGCCACUAAUCAUUUAGGCCAUUUUCUAUUGACGAAGCUGUUGCUUAACAGGAUGAUUGAAACGGCAAGGAACACCGGCGUUCAAGGCCGUAUAGUGAACGUGUCGUCUGGCAUUCACGGCUGGUUUUCCGGUGACACAAUCCGAUAUCUCGGUCUGAUAACCCGAAACAAAAGCCAUUACGAUCCAACACGUGCUUAUGCGCUUUCGAAGCUUGCCAAUGUUCUGCACGCCAAGGAACUUGCUCGGAGGCUGAAGGAAAUGGAUGCCAACGUGACAGUGAAUUGUGUUCAUCCUGGAGUCGUGAGAACCAGACUCACUAGAGAACGUGAAGGCCUAGCCACAGAUUUGGCUUUCUUCUUUGCUUCCAAGCUCUUGAAGACAAUUCCUCAGGCUGCUGCUACCACAUGUUAUGUCGCUACUCAUCCGAGACUAUUAAAUGUGUCUGGAAAGUUCUUUUCAGACUGCAACGAAACUUCAUCGGCAAAGUUAGGAUCCAACUUAGCCGAAGCUGCACGAUUAUGGUCCGCUUCUGAAAUCAUGGUUUCUGGGGACCCAAAAGCAGUUUUUGAUCCACUCAAUCCACUUAGCCUAAAAACAAAUAAAGUAGAUGAAAAAUAUUAAGAAACCAGAAAAGAGAGACAAAAAAACACUAAAUUUAGAAGAAAUACGUAUGUUGUAUACCACUUUGAGUAUUAUAGUAUAUAUAAUUAGAUAUAUAUAUAUAUAUAUAUACCAUCAUUUGUUUGUAAGAUAUAUGGGACUUCUUAGCUAGGAUGAGGAUUUAGGCUCUCUACUUCGAACCUGUAUCUCCCUCUUUUAUUUCUUAUCUGAAUUUUGUGGAAUUCGGAUAGAAAGUUCGCGGAAUUUUCAUCCGACUUCUUAGUUGGUACAUGUUAAGCAACUUGUUAGGUUUUUAAAGUGUGGUUUGGGUUAGAAUAUGGUGGUGUAAGACUAGAUUGCUAUAAUGAUAUAUACAAUGAUUAUAAUUAUGGGAUUAAAGUUAUGUUAAUGGGGGUUUGAUUGGAAAGGAAAGUGCUUGGUGGAACCUUAAGGUUGUACCAAUAACACAUAAAUAGGAGAGGUGGACAUUGGUUUCCUUAGAGCAAAUAUAUUAGUUU